AAUCGUCGAAAGAGGACUUUUAUAUAAACCCUAAACGCAGCAUCGUGUAUAUAUUGUAAAUAUACACUGUCAGAGCAAGAAAGAAGCAAACGUAUGAACACGGAUCGUAGCCUCAUCGCUUCAGUGCCUUCAAUAUACAACUUACAACCGGCAGACGAAAUAUAAAUCUUGUCUGAUUGCGUAGUUCCUUAACAAAGAAAAGCGGUCAAAGAAGCAAAACAACCCAGGAUCGGAAGACAUUUUGAAUUCACCCACAAAGCAUUGCAUCCGCCAUGAUCUUAGAGCCUAAAACUGUUAGAAUUUUCGGAUUUCUUCAAAUUAUUAUUGCUCUUUGCAUGUAUGUUCUGGCCUUUGUGAAACUGGCUCUCGUUCCUUCCUGGAGUUCGAUUUUUGUUGGAGGAAUAUGGUGCGGAUCAUUUGUAAGUGAGCCUAAAAGACUUGCAUGAGUUUGAAUGAGCGUUGUAUUUUAUUGAAAGUCGUAGAGCAUGGAGAUCAUGACAUGACUUUCAGUACAGCAUGAAGUGAAUCCAUCGACAAUAUUAAAAGAUGAUUGAAAAAAAAACUCAGUUUAGUACUACAUCAAAUUUACUUUAUUUUAGUCCACUAAAUCUGAAUGGGCGAUUUUAAUUGUAUCUUUGAAAGACGUAGAGGAGACUAUGUCAUGAUACUGAAGAGUUUGCAUCACAUAAACCUAUAUACGACAGUACUUUCAUGUGCAGCAAGUGAAUCCAGCGAAAAUUAAACCAGUGCUGAUUGAAAAAAACUCUGACUUUUAUCAUUGGUGGCGAUCUCUGCCGAGCCAUUUCGCAUUUGUUUUCCUUCAAUAAUUUCCCUGUACCAUAGUCUUAGGAAUAAUGGAUACGAUUGGAGCAAUGAUUGGUCUUGCUGUGUGCAGUGCGAUUUUUUCAGGCAUUGUCAUGGUCUUUUAUAUUAUGGCGUUGUCUGAAUUUUCGGAAAGACUUCGAUGCCCGGAAGAUGAUUACCCCACUCACUCUCCCUCCUCCUCGUCGUAUUUUCUGUGUAGCCGUUAUAAUCAGAAUAGAAGAUGGCAUGUUACCUUCUAUCAAGCUGAAGUAGGUGCGGUAUCUUGCUGUUUUCUGAUCAUAGCUGCUGGCUUUGAAUUCUUUCUUGCCCUUAUGACAGCCAUGUAUGGCUGCAAUGCAUGUUACAUUCGGACACGACAUCGGCGAGUCUCUGACGAACGACAGGCAGUUGGUGGUUAUGACAAUUUCACCAUUCCAUAUAGUAGUGUCCCUUCCAGAUAUGGUGCCCAGACAGUUGGUAACCAGCAGUUUAUCUCCACUGGAUUCAGUGACCAGGCAGCUAUUGCCCAACCACAAGGUGCCCCUCCCAGAUAUAGUGCCCAACCACAGGACGUACCCACUGGAUUCAUUGCCCAGACAGCUGAUACCCAAUCACAGGAUGUUCCCACUGCAUUUAGUGCCCAGACAUCUGAAAACCAACCACAGGAUGUCACCACUGCAUUUAGUGCCCAGACAGCUGAUAACCAACCACAGGAUGUCCCCACUGCAUUUAGUGCCCAGCCAGCUGGUACCCUAUGACAGGAUAUCCCCACUGGAUUUAGUGCCCAGACAGCUGGUACCCAAUGACAGGAUAUCCCCACUGGAUUUAGUACCCAGCAAGCUGGUACCCAAUCACAGGAUGACCCCACUUCAUUUAAGGCCCAGACAGCUGGUAACGGUUCGGUUAUCAGGUGCUGCAUACAGAGGAACAGGGACGGGCAUAGAAACAAAAAAGAAUAAAAUAUUAAUUAGAGGAAAUAUAAUAAAAUAAAAUAAUUCUUA